CUUUCUGUUUGAAAAUUUGCUAAACAUGAAAUAAUUUUCUUGGAUCAUAGUAACGAGAUUUAUUUAUUCAGUAAAUUAAAAUUUUCAAAACUAAUUUUAAAUCAAAUUUCCUUUUUUUUUUUUAUCAAAUUCAAACAAUUUAAGGUAAGCUAUAAUUAUGACACAGAACUGCAGGAAGAUAUAUAAGUCCGAAGGGUGUUGCCGGCGAGAUAAAAACAUGAUAAAAUGUGCCACUGCAGCUAUAAACCAGAUGAAGACGAUGUUCGAUACGGCCUGGUGUCCAAUCAAAGAAAAACCGGAAAAACAUCGGGGAAAGUAUAAUGGUUGUGUAAUAGACCCCGUAUGUAAUAUCAGGGAAUGUCCUUUCCGUGGAACCGGAGUGGCGCCUAAUGUUUUGAAGACAUAUUGCACCAAGAGCAAUGAGAGGACUGGUGGCGGAGUGGCGGAUCGGGACGCCAUGCGGCUGAAUCCGGGAGACGUGGGCCUGCGCGGUGAUCGGGCCACGUUCUCGUUGGGCCGUGACCCUGGCUUGGUGCACUACGACGAAACCACCAGCCACGGCGCGGUGUACUACAACAUGCGGCCAAAUGGGCUUUAUCUGGCUGUGGAUCAAGACGAUGAGCAGGAUGGCGAUAACCCCGGCACGCAGCAGCAGGAGCAGGAUCAAGAUAUGGAUCAUGAUCAGGACCAGGAUUUGGAUCGUGAUCUGGACCAGGAUCAAGAUAUAGAUCCAGACCAGGAACAUGAUAACGAUCAGGACCAGCAGGUGGACGAGUCCGGAGAUCAGCAGUUGGCCAAAGACCGCAAGCAUGUGAUGGAAAAGCUGCCCGCAUCCGUAAAACCUACGCUCGGACCGGUCACCGGACUGCCCGUAAGCGACGAUGAGCACGUGUUCGUUCUGUGGUUGGGCAAGCGGCCGGGCGAACCGGACGAGAAAGCCAGGCUGCAAAUCGAGGUGCGCGUGCCCAAGUGGGUGCCGGAACCGGAGCCGGUACCAUCCGAGACGAUGGUCGUGGAGGUACCGCCGGAAGUGCUGGCGAAAUCCAAGGGUGGUAAGAAGAAGAAGCGCGGCAGCUCCAAGAAGAGUAACAGCUCCAAGAAGAGUGGUGGCUCCAAGAAGAGUGGAAGCUCUAAGAAAUGAUGAAAAGAUUUUACCAUACUAUAAUCAUAAAUCGCAGAAACAGGCGCCCGCGCCGGAUCAGCCAUCGAAGAACACGUGGUGGUCUGAUGGAUGCGUAGCGUGACCGGCGUCCAACGUCCAAGAAACCAAUACCGACGAAGAUGGUCUUAAUGUAACGCAUAAUAUAACAAUCUGUGAAAAGUAUAUAAAAGUACCAAUGUUAUCA